UAUUUAUUUAUAUGAUCAAUUGGUUCGACGGUUUUGGUCGAGAGCCAAGGGGGGAGGAGCAAUUCCAUCAAUGAAGAGUUUGGAGACGAGGUGUUGGUCGAAGAGAUAGGUCUGGUGCUUGACCUGGUUGAUGAUCCGCCAUUUCUGCUCGAGGAUCUGCAAUAGCUUCUCUAACGCAGAUCUGCAAUCAGUCUCCGUGAGAGCUUUAGGGGGUCCGCCGGUCUGGGAUGACAUGGAGGAUGGGUGGCGUUUAGCGCGGUUUGGAUUUCAAACUUUUGACUGUAGGAAUUCUUUUUAGCGACGGUCAAAAGUCAUCCUGGCAGUGAUUUUUAAGUUAGAGAAGAAGGUCGCGAGUUGACAACAAAUUCGUAUCCUAUCCUGACCUCCCAUGUCUCCCCCACAACCGGAAGCAUAAAACACGACCAAUUUGGUAUUAUUGCGAAUUGGAAUUUUGGCUUUUGUAACGGUGAAGGCUCCUUUGGCUUCCAUCUACCUACCGGCCCGUCGACGGUUAAGUUUCAAUUCCAUGUGCGCAGACUUACCUUCUUCCAAGCCUUCACAGAUAACAGGUGAUCAUUCCUCGAUCAUCUCCGUCCCACGCUCGGUCAGGUUCACAGAGUCCUGCGUUAUUUUACCGCGGAAUCUCUCUCUGUAACAGUCUCUCUGUCUCUCCCUCUCUGCGGGUGUCAUGGAUAUCCCAUUGCCUUUCUCUAAACUAGCUUUAGGGCCAAGCGAUCAGGACGAUUCGCCCGGAACCACAGCCAAGGAAAAGAUAAAUGUAGCUCUAGUGGCGACUGGAAGCUUCAAUCCUCCGACAUAUAUGCAUUUACGCAUGUUUGAGUUGGCAAGAGACGCUUUGAGUGCAGAAGGCUAUUGUGUUAUUGGAGGUUAUAUGUCACCUGUUAAUGACGCAUACAAAAAACAGGGCCUUCUAUCUGCUGAACAUCGGGUACAGAUGUGUCGUCUAGCCUGCAAAAGUUCAGAAUUUGUAAUGGUUGAUCCAUGGGAGGCAAGCCAAAGUACCUUCCAACGCACUUUAACUGUUUUAUCUAGAGUUAAGGGUACUCUAUGUGGGAGUGGGCUUCUACCCAGAGAAUCCCUCAAGGUUAUGCUUGUCUGUGGUUCUGAUCUGCUCCAUUCUUUUAGCAUUCCUGGAGCCUGGAUUCCUGACCAGGUCAGGACCAUAUGCAGUGAUUAUGGUGUGGUCUGCAUUCGCAGAGAAGGACAAGAUGUUGAGAAAAUUAUAUCCAAUGAUGAAAUUUUGAAUGAAUACAGGAAUAACAUUAAGGUGGUGGAUGAGCUUAUACCAAAUCAAAUCAGCUCAACAAGAGUAAGGUACUGCAUUUCCAGAGGGUUGUCGAUAAAAUAUCUUUCUGCUGACGAAGUGAUUGAUUAUAUUAGACAAAAUCAUUUGUACUUGAAAACUGAAGUUGAUAAAUGAGGUUCACCAUCAUAUUAGUGAUCUUUAUCUGUACGGAAAACAUAAUUUAUCAAAUCUUUCAAAUACAUUUAGCGUUUGUUUGUGUGCAAGUAAAUACACGGAACACUCUUGCAGGUGGAUUUUCUGAA